GUCCAGACCGGGUUUACCAUAGGUUUGUGCACUGUUUCUCCCCCACGGUGAAAAAUAUACUCUAACAGGAGGCAGCGACAGUUGUUGUGAUGUUCGUCAACAACGCCCUUAGCUUCUCCUCACACGCUAGGUUUUACACCUCCCUACCUGCUAUGUCUCUCGUCGCACUGGCUGAAGUUUUGAUUACGGUGUCACUUUGCGUACUUUUGUAUGAACGUGGCUCACGCUCGGCAGUCCCCAGAACGAAGAAUAUGUUGAACACACUUAUCAUUUAUGCUGUUAACCGUUGUUUUCUGAGUUUACUAAUUGUCAUUGGGAAGGUCACAGUGGACGCUGAUGACAUAUUUGUAUGGAUGAUGGCAUUGACCUUCAUCACUCCAAAACUAUACGCCAACUCACUUCUAGCAUCACUGAAUGCACGGGAACACCUUCGAUCCCAGAGUUGGGGCAAGUCAGAUCUAUACAUGAAUGCUGUCCACGUCUCGAAACUCCCAAAACUUUCGGGAGACAGGAAGAGUUCAAAGGAGAGAGGAGAGAAUUCCAACAUACGUAAAAGGGCUGAUAUCGAUAUCGCUGCGGUUUCGGCCCAUGAUGCGACCACAGCGCUGCGAAGAGAAGGAAAGGUGUGAUCCUAGUGGUUGCACCCUGGAUUCGCCAUCAUAUUCCAAGUAUGAGUGGAUAUGUCACCUACGUACACAGCAUUCCUCUUUCUUCAUGGGGCUGCAAUAAUGUCAUAACUUAUAGUGAGUCUCAUGUCCUUAGGAGUUUGUGGUUUAGUUUUCGGAGCUUUGGUGGCGGUUGUUCGCUUGAAUUCCCUAUGCAGUAGCGCAUCUACCUAUCGUCGUGGUCGUUGUAUUAUAGUGCUCAGAAGAUAACUUUACUAUAGCCUCAUG